AUGGUGGCCGCCGGCAAGAAAUCUAAAAAGAGCCAUGAGGGCAUUAACAAUAGGUUAGCUCUUGUAAUGAAGAGUGGGAAGUACACUCUUGGUUACAAGACCGUUCUCAAGACCCUCAGGAACUCCAAAGGUAAGUUGAUUUUGAUAUCGAACAAUUGCCCGCCAUUGAGGAAGUCUGAGAUUGAGUACUAUGCCAUGCUUGCUAAAGUUGGUGUCCAUCAUUACAAUGGAAACAAUGUCGAUCUUGGAACUGCAUGCGGGAAAUAUUUCCGAGUGUCAUGCCUCAGUAUCGUCGACCCAGGUGACUCGGAUAUAAUCAAAUCGUUGCCUGGGGAUCAUUGA